AUGAAGCACUUGCAUAGACAUGAGAAAGAAGUGAUUAAUGGCUUCAUCGUUGAUCCUUCACAGACGACUCUAGCCAAGUGGAUUUUUACGCAUUAUCCGGAAACUGCAGUGCAUGUUCAGUCGCAAGACCUAGCGCUUAGGACGAAAGACAUGAACGUUCUCCUUGAUAUCUUCGAGACACUUUCCUACAAGAAGUCGUGUGACAUAUCUGAGGCUCAGCUACGCCAUGUAUCAGAUAAUUUGUCUUAUUUGAAACGCGCAGGUUUUAAGGUGGAAUGGUUAAGGGCAAAGUUUGAUGAUGUUUCUUUGAAUGCUUGUGAAGCAAGGAUUGUAAAACUCAAGGAAGAGGUCAAAAAACAGGAGCAGAUGGUUUCCUAUCUCAAAGAUAUGCUGAAAUACGAAGAGGCCAAGUUGAAGAAGCUAUAG